ACUAAAUUAUUGAAUUCCAACUUCAAAAAUACGGAAGCAAUACCGGCACCCACCUGGGCCGUUACACUACCAAGUAACGGCUUACUAAAUAUUCAAAUCUACAGUGAACGGGAUUUCUGGGCAUUGUCAUUUUUGCAUUAGCUUUUUCUACUUGUUUGUAUGUACCAAUUUGUACAAAGAGUUUACAGAUACCACACACAUUCACUUUCGUUUUAUUCUCGCCUCAUAACCCAGUCCCUCUCAUUCACUUCUCUGCAAAUACUUCAUGGGAAAUUGAUAAAACUUGGUUUCAACAAGAAUACUUUUCUGGGUAAUUGUUGUCUUGAUAUGUACAGCAAAGUUGGAGAAAAAGUUGAUGCUUUAAAAGUGUUUGAUGAAACACCCAUCAAGAAUGUUGUGUCAUGGAACAUGUGUUUGAAAGUCUUCGUGAAAUUUGGUGAUGUGGAAAAUGCACGUCAAUUGUUUGAUGAAAUGCCUGAGAGAGAUGUUGUGAGUUGGAAUUCGAUGAUUUCGGGGUAUGCUUCAGAUGGGUUGUUUGAGAAUGCUUUGGGUGUUUUCUUGGAAAUGCAAAAGUAUGGUAUUAGGCCUAGUGGAUAUACUUUCUCGAUAUUGAUUUCGUAUGUAGAGUUUGCUUUCCAUGGCAAGGAAAUACAUGGAAACAUGCUGAGGAAUGGUGUGGAUUUGGGUAAUGUGGUGGUUGGGAAUACGCUGAUUGAUUUUUAUGGAAAGCUUGGGUUAUUGGACUAUGCUACUGGUGUAUUUUUAGCGAUGGAGACGGUGGAUGUUAUUUCAUGGAACUCGUUGAUUUCGAGCUGUUGUAAAUCAGGGUAUGAAGAUACAGCUCUGUCUAAUUUCUCUUUGAUGAGAGCUUGUGAAUAUUCACCGGAUGAGUUCACUAUGUCAUCAGUGCUUAUUGGCUGUUCUAACUUGUGCAGUUUGGAGAAGGGCAAGCAAAUCUUAUGUCUUUGCAUAAAGAUGGGGGUUUUGUGCAACACGAUUGUUUCAAGUGCAGCAAUUGACUUGUUUUCUAACUGCCACAGAAUUGAGGAUUCAGCUCGCUUAUUCAGGGAUUCAGAUAUUUGGGAUACAGCUCUGUGCAAUUCGAUGAUUUCGAGCUAUGCACAGAACAGUUUAGAAGAAGGCGCCUUACGUUUAUUCGUCCUAACUUUGAGGGAGAAUGUUAGACCUACUGAGUUUACACUCAGCUGCAUUCUUAGCUGUUCCACAACCUUCCCUGUGGACCUGGGGAUUCAAGCCCAUUCUUUGGUAAUCAAGUUGGGGUUUGUAUCAGAUCCUGUUGUUUCCACUUCACUUGUAGACAUGUACUGUAAGUACGGAUUAAUUGAUUCUGCCUCUAAUAUUUUCAACGGGCUACUAACAAGAGAUUUGAUAUCUUGGAAUGCCAUGAUCUUUGGGCUGGCUAUCAAUGGUGAACCUACCAAAGCACUCAGUCUUUAUUAUGAACUACUUGAAGUCGGUGGUCAACCUGAUCAAAUAACAUUGACCACUGUUCUGUUAGCUUGCAGCUAUGGUGGUUUUGUCGAUGAAGGUAUAGCUAUAUUUUCUUCAAUGGAAGAGCAAUUUGGAGUUAGACCUGGCAUUGAGCACUACACUUGUGUUGUGGGCAUGAUGACCAGAGCUGGUAAACUUGAAGAAGCUGGAGAUAUAUUACAAAAUAUGCCUCAUGAGCCCAACAGCGAAAUAUGGGAAUCGAUACUUCUUGCUUGUGAUAUUUAUGGAUACUUAAAAGAAACUGAAAAGGUUGCAGGGAAGAUAAUGGAGUUAGCACCAGAAUCAUCUUUGCCUUAUUUGGUGCUAGCGCAAGUAUACGAGUCCAGGGGAAGAUGGGAGAGCCUUGUUCGGGUCAGGAAGGAGAUGAAAGAGAGGAUAAAAAAGGAAGUAGAUAGUUACAGUUGGAUUAGUGUAUGCAAUUGUGUAAUCAUGUUCCAAGCAAACCGAACUCUUAGUUGUGGCAGUAAGGACAUAGGCAUUUAUUCAACGUUGAGGCUACUGAUGGAGGAUUCACGGGAUGAAGGUUUAUGCCUAGCAGUUGAGGAAUAGCUGCUAAAUGGAUGAGUAUGGUGCACAUAUUGAAAAGCUUAAUUUAGAAUUGAUUCUUAAACAAUGGGUAAGCUUCAACUUUGUUUCUGCUAUUGACAUGGAUUUGCUUCAAGUGGCAUUCAAGGUCUGAACCUGAUUCAUUUCAUCAAAAGGGAUAAAAGCUUUUCCAAAGUUCAAAAUUUCCACAUGCAUAUGAUGGAGAACCAGUAUGGGUAAAGGAAUACUCGCCUUAUUUCGGGAUACAGCAUUGAAGCAAUUCGAUAGAGCUCAGAAUGUUGCAUCUGACCAAAACCUAUAUUUUGAAACUUAAGCAGCCUAGCUGUUUUGUUUUGGCCCACUAGAGAGCAUUAACUUCAUCAAUAUGAGAAUUCUUUCAGCUAGAGUUGUAGUUUUAUACACCUUAAUCAAGCCGCAAACAUCUCUAGAGAUCAAUUAUGGUCCAGUAGCGGAUAUUACUCAUAUAAACUCUCCAUGUAUUGGAUGUCUCAUCAUAGAGUUUGUAGGCCGAGAGAUGCUGAGUUUGAAUGAAAGAUUAAAAGGUGAUCUGAGAAUACUAAUAUGAUUUCUAGCACCAAGUGAACUAGGAAAUGAAUGAAGGCUUAGAAAUAUGUGCUCCUUCAAAGAUGCUGAAAAUGAGGAGGGAUAUUUUCAUCAGAAUGCUCAUUGUGCUAGCCAAAGUAUGCCAAGACCUUCUAACAGUACCAAAUCAGAUUCUACCAUGUCUGCUCAUCAGGGAUUGCGACCAAUGAACAAAAAACUUUUGGUUCAGCAGAAUGAGCAUAUGCAAGCAGAUAUUCCUAUUUCUCCUAUUGAUCAAGUUAUGCAGUCCACCCAAACAGUUGGAACAGGUGCUCUAGGGAAGGGACGAGGGAGGCUUAGAGAUACGUGCUCCUUUGAAGACGCUGAAAAUGAGGAGGGAUCUAUCACUAGAAUGCUCAUUAUGCUAGUCAAAGUAUUCCAAGACCUUCUAACAGUACAAGAUUAGAUUCUACCAUGUCUGCUGCUCAGGAAUUGCAACAAUGAACAAAAAACUUUUGGUUCAGGAGAAAAAGCAUAUGCAAGCAGAUAUUCCAAUUUCUCCUUCUACUGAUCAAGUAAUACAAUCCACCCAAAUAGUUGUAACAAGUAUGAUUUUUAAAAUCUAUUAUUUUUCAGAAUUGAAUCUAAUCUAAUGGUAAAGUUUUUACUGACAUGAUGUAUUACAGUAGGUGCUCGAGGGAAGGGACGAGGGCAGCUUAGAUCUAUGUGCUCUUUUGAAGAGGCUGAAUAUGUGUAGGGCUCCUUCUAUCAGAAUGUUCAUUAUGCCAGCCAAAGUAUGCCAAGACCAUCUAAGAGUACAGGAUUAGGCUCUACCAUAUAUAUCUGCUGCUUGGGGAUUGCAAACAAUGAAGAAAAAACCUUUGGUUCAUGCAAAAAAGCAUGUGCAAGCUGAUAGUAUUUCUCCAUCUACUGAGCAACUUAUGUAGUUUACUCAAGCAGUUGGAACAAGUAGGGUUUCUCAAAUUUAUUUGAUCAAAAAUUUAUCAUUUCUACAAUCUUUUUGAUAUUUCUAAGUUGUGCAAAUAUAGGUUCAAAGAUUUUUGGAAAGGUUAAAGCAGGUCGAGGAAGUAACUAGUGCAAUGAAAUUGCAUCACUUGAAGUUGGACAGAAUCUAAAAGUAAUAUUUUACCAUAAUCAAACAGUUGGAAAGAGUAGCAUUCUAUUUUCGAGGCACCUUGGAAAAAUAGUUCUGUGACUGUAGUAGUUCACCACGAUGAUACUCCCAACGGACACAUAUUACAUUUACAAACUAUUUUUCAAGGUACCUCAAAAAUAGAUUGCUACUCUUUCCAAUUGUUCGAUUAUUGUAAAAUGUUACUUUUAGCUUUUGUCCAACUUCAAGUGAUGUAGCUUCUUUGCACUUGUUACUACCUCGACCUUUUUUAAGGUUUCCAUGAAUCAUUGAACCUAUAUUUGCAUAUUUUUGAAAUGUCAAAAAAAAAAAGAUUGUACAAAUGAUAAACUUCUGAUCAAAAUCAAAUAAAUCUGCGAAACUAUACUUGUUCCAACUGUUUGAGUGGAUUGCAUAACUUGAUCAGUAGAUGGACUAUCAGCAUAUGCUCUUUAUCAUGAACCUAAGGUUUUUUCUUCAUUGUUCGCAAUCGGAGCAACAAAUUUGGUAGAAUCCAAUCUUGUACUGUUAGAAGGUCUUGGCUAGCAGAAUCCCUCUACAUUUUCAGUGUCUUCAAUGGAGAACAUAGAUCUAAGCCACCCUCGUCCCUUCCCUGGAGCACCUAGUGUAACAUAUCAUAUUAGUAAAAACUUUACCAUUAAUUAAAUUCAAUUCUGAAAAAUAGUUGACUUUAAGAAUCAUAUUUGUUCCAACUAUUUGGGUGGACUGUAUAACUUGAUCAGUAGAAGUAGAAAUUGGAAUAUCCACUUGCAUAUGCUCGUUCUCCUUAAGCAAAAGUUUUUUGUUUUUUUUGUUCAUUGUUUGCAAUCCCUGACCAGCAAAAAUGGUAGAAUCUAAUCUUGUACUGUUAGAAUGUCUUGACUAGCAUAAUGAGCAUUCUAAUGAAAGAUUCCUCCUCAUUUUCAGCUCUUUGAAGGAGCACAUAUCUCUAUGCCACCCUCGUCCCUUCCCUAGGGCAUCUACUGUAAGAUAUCAUGUACAGAGAAUUUCCAGUCCUCCAUCUAACCGCCAAAAGGAUCUGGAUGAAUCCUGCUUCCUAUUAAGGUAGCUUCUUCUCAAGUAUGUUAUCCUCCUAUCUCCAAUGAAAGUGUUUAUGAGUUCUGACCUGAAAGAUUACUUCGGAGGACAUGAAGAAAAGGCAUAAAGGAGAUGAAAUAUAGUUGUACUACUUGUUUAAAUAUUAUUUAAGGGAAAAGACAUCUAAAUCACCUUAAACUAUAUUCAAAAAGUCGAAAACAUACCUAAACUAUUGUGGUGAAGUACUACACACCUAUAUUACUUAAAAAUGAAUUUAUUUACCCUUUUUAGACCAAAAAAAAUGAUGUGACAAAGAAAAAAUUAAUGUUUUCAUAAAUGUGAGUGAAAAGAAAAAAAAUUAAUUUAAAACUAACUAAAUUAAUCACAUGUCAUUUUUUAAUUGAAUGUUUAUAUGUUUAUUUGUGGGCCUCUUUCUGUUUAGUUUUUAUUUAUUUUUUACUUCUUCUUUGUCAAAGCCUCAUCUCCUCUUUCUAGCAGAUUACUCUGCAUCAUUUGUGGUUCUCUUUCACUUUUUUCAGUUAAAAAUUAGGAUAGAUUAUAUUAGUUAGUUCAACAUUUUUACUUAAAAGAAUAUUUCAACUUUAAAAUUAUUGAAUCUAAUAAUAGAAAUAGCUAAUUCCGGCGAGAACCAUUAUUUUUGGCAAGCUUUCAUUUUGUUCAGUGAGUUUAUAUUUUUCAGCGGACCUCAUUUUUUACAAUCAAAUUUCAAUCAUAUUCAUAUCUUUCAUCCAAAGCUUUAUGUUGAUAUUGUUAUGAAAUUAACAAAUUGAUGUGAUCAAAAAUUUUAAAUUCACUUUCAUAAAGCUUUCAAUUCCUCUCAUUUUUCUCCGAUAGUAUCACUAGUCACCCACAAAGUCGAUCGAGCAACAAUAUCAAAAUCUGGUGGUGAUAAUUGGUGGUGGGUGGUGAGAAGAAGAAGAAUUGAAGGUGAUAAGGGGGCGGUGAAGAGCAAAUAAAAGACAAUAAUGGUGGUCGGAUAUGAAUUUUUUUGUGAGAUGAGAGAUGGAGUGGGUGAUAUUUAGUGAUGAAGAAGAUAUAAUUAUUAGAGAAUUUUAACGGUUAAUUAGGUUUUAAUUGGUGUAAAAUAUAAUUAACAACAAAAAAAUAAAUGAAUAAAGAAAAAAGAAUAUAAAAAUUAUAAUUUUUGACGUGACACAGCAUGACACUAACAUGACGAUGAGUGUAAAACACCAUUGUGAGACUGGUGUUAUACGUCUCGGGGUGGUACUAAAUUCAACUUUAAGUAGAUGGUUAAUUAGGGUUUAAUUAGUGUAAAAUAUAAUUAACAAAAGAAAAGUUAAUGAAUAAAGAAAAAACUAUAAAAAUUAUAAUUUUUUGAUGUGGCAAUGAUAUGGCGGCGAGUGUAAAACAUCACUUAUUGUGAGAGUGGUGUUAUACGUCUCGGAGUAGUACUAAAUUUACUUUUAAAUAGUAGUACAAGUGUGUAUUAAAUCAUUUCAAUAGUUUAUGUGUGUCUUCAAUUUUUCGAAUAUAGUAUAAGGUGGUUUUAAUGUCUUUUUUCUACUAUUUAAUUUAACUUACUUUUGGAUAGAAAUUAUGCCUCUUUUGUUUAUAGUCGUGAUAUUUGGACCAAACUCUUACACACCUUAAUUUAUGGGAUAAUUGCCACUUAACCACCUCCCAUUAAAAAUAAUAGAUAUGAGUCAACUGUAAUACCCCGUACUUUUCUUAGCUUGAAAAGCUUUGCAAGAAUGUUAGAAGCUUUAUUUUAAAGAUGAAUCCACUCUUGUACACGUGG